AACCCUACACCUAAAACUUGUUCAAAUAUUCAACUUCCUCUCAUUUCUCUUCUCAGCCUCUCUAUCCAAAAAUAUCAAACUCAAAGCAUUCAAGAAUUCCAAAGAAGGUUCAUCAAUGGAGGGUCUCCUACCUCUCGUGUAUAAAGCGAUAAAGAAGAACAAAACUCGACGGAACUACGAGUGUCUUUCGUCCGGUGUAGCUCUUUCAGACCUUUAUAUCAAUGAUCAUGAAGAUAUUUACUUGACAAACUCAUCUUCGAAUAAUAUGGAUAGGAAAGUUCAUCGGAGAUCAUACAGUUCUGUAGAGUUUUCGAAGGAUUAUCGUAGCGGAACUAGCGGUGAUUCUCCUCCGACGAAGAAGAUUGUUAGAUUUGGAAGUCAAAGAAUGUUUUCUUGUGUUAGAGGUUGCUAGGAACAUAGAAAUGUUCUUAUAUAUAUAUUUAUUUGUUUGCUUUCUGUUUCUUUUGAUGUUUUUAUAAUCUGUAAAUUGGGUAUCAAUUACUGCCUUUGAAUCUUAAAAUCUUGAAGGA